AUGAAGUCCUUUCAACAAUUGACUCGCCAAAAGGCCCUAUAUGGCCUCCCAAUGGCCCGCCUCCGCCCGUCUCAAGUCACACCCGCCAGUCGGUUAUGGCAGAGGAAUUUCAGUGCCACCACAUCGGCAGCACAAUUGGCUGGCUUGGAUGCCUCCAAGCUAACCGUGGCGAAGACAGAGACUCCUAAGGAGCUUAUUCCCAACAAGGAUCUGGUUUUUGGAAAGACUUUCACCGACCAUAUGCUCUCGAUUGAGUGGACUGCCACUGAAGGCUGGCAAACUCCCCGCAUCGUCCCCUAUCAAAACCUGAGCCUGGACCCUUCUACCUGUGUGUUACAUUAUGCAUUUGAAUGUUUCGAGGGAAUGAAGGCCUACAAGGAUCACACCGGAGGCACCCGCCUUUUCCGUCCUAACAAGAACAUGGCUCGUUUGAACAAGUCUUCUGCCCGUAUUGCUCUGCCCACAUUCGACGGUGAAGAGCUUACAAAGUUGAUCGGGGAGUUUGUCAAGCUGGACAACCGAUUCAUCCCAGAUGCCCGUGGUUACUCUCUGUACCUCCGACCCACUAUGAUCGGUACCCAAAAGACCCUGGGUGUUGGUCCUCCUGGAUCCGCCCUCCUGUUCGUUAUUGCCAGUCCCGUGGGACCUUACUACCCCACCGGUUUCAAGGCCGUCUCCCUGGAAGCCACCGACUACGCCGUCCGUGCCUGGCCUGGCGGUGUGGGUGACAAGAAGCUCGGUGCCAACUACGCUCCCUGCAUUGUUCCCCAGCUCGAGGCUGCUUCCCGUGGCUUCCAGCAAAAUCUGUGGCUCUUCGGCGAAGAGGAGUACAUCACUGAGGCUGGUACUAUGAACCUCUUCGUUGCUAUGAAGAACAAGGAAACCGGCCAGAAGGAGCUGAUUACCGCUCCUCUUGACGGUACCAUUCUGGAGGGUGUCACAAGAGAUUCCGUGCUCGAGCUCGCUCGCGAGAGGCUACAGCCCCAAGGCUGGGGUAUCUCUGAGCGCAAGGUCCGCAUGCCCGAGCUUGUACAGGCUGCCGAGGAAGGCCGCUUGAUUGAGGUCUUCGGUGCUGGUACUGCCGCUAUUGUCAGCCCCGUGCGAUAUAUCAGUUACCGUGGCAAUUUGGUGGACUGCGGCCUCAAGAAGGAAGAGGAGGCUGGUGAAAUCACCCUCCAAAUGAAGAACUGGAUCGAGGCCAUUCAGUACGGAGAUGAGUCGCACCCAUGGAGUUAUGAGAUUUAA